AUUUUGAGAAUAUUAUGUGGUCAUGGCAAAGUGUCACAAUAUUCCACUGAAGCAAAUUGCAAAGCUUAACCCAAACCUGACCAACUGGAAGAUAAAAGCCAAAGUUUCCUUCACCAAUGGAAAGGAAAAAGUGAAACCUAUCAGCACUGGAAAAAUAUGCAGGGUUACAUUGGAGGAUGAAUCUGGAAAAAUCGCAGGAAUUUCAUAUGACGAUAUUGCAGAAUGCAUUGCAUUAAAUCUGACAAAUUAUGGGAAAUAUUAUAUAACAGGAGCAAACAUUCAAAAAGCCCACUCUUCAAACAAUACCCUUCAUAAAUACGAGCUUCAUUUCAUCCUGAACAAAACUGAAUUUGAAGAUGUAUGUAGUGGAAAACUCUUCCGGCUAGAUGAUGAAGCAAUUAGUCGUUGCAAGAAAAAGGUCUGUGAAUCUGGGAAUAGCGGUGCCCCAGGUGGAAGUGGAGGCACCAAUUUUAAACCCACACCUCUGGCAGAGGUUCUCGGAUCUCAGAAUUUACUGGAUUCAAAAAAAUUUGAUAUUUUAGCCAUUUUGAAAAAGACUGAAAAAUCAGAGCCAUUGUACAACAAUGAAAACACACAAAUUGGGAGGAGCAACAGAUUUUACAGAAAGAAGGUGACCAUUAUAGAUGAGACAGGGGAGGUUAUCCUGAGGCUGGCAUCUGAAUUGAAGAAAAAAUUAGAAAUCAAUCCGUGA